UGUUAAAAAUAUGAUUUAAUGAUAAAGUAUGGAACAUAAAAUGUUGAAGAUAUUUAGAUCUGGCAGAAAAGUGUAUUACAAAACUGUAGUCCAGAAACGAUCUUUUCUGUCAGAAGCAUACCAGUGCCAGGAGGCAUGGAAAUCUCGUCUUCAAUCUCCGCUGUUACAAAAAUUUAAACCAGAAGAUUUAUUUAUAUCAUUAGACAGUCAAUUUUUUGCUCAUGGGAAAGUGAGCGCAGUAGAUGUAGACAUAUUUGCCAAUACUGUAAAGAGCAAGGAACAGGUAGAUGAAUUAUUGAAUAUACUCGAGAGACUUAGAAAAAGUGCAGAAACAACAAAUACUCUAGAUUCAACGCAUCAUGCUGUUAUAAGAUAUCUGUUUGACAAUGGCUGUACUCAAGAACUCAUGAAUGUCUUACAUAACAGACUUAAGUACGGCAUUUUCCCUGAUUACGUGUGUUACAACAUGCUGAUGAACGAAUACAUAAAGAAAGAAGACUACGCCAGUGCUGCAAAAAUUGCUGUUUUGCCUAUGUUGCAAGAGGAUACUGAUCAUUUGAUAACUAACGCGCUGUCUAUAUAUGCUUGUCAUAAAUAUUUAGAAAAUCCAGAUGCCUGGCAAAAGCCACCAGAACUAGUAGAAGAUACUAAAGAGGAAAUAAAAAUACGUGUACGUUAUCUUAGAAAUCCAUUCUUUGACGAUCAUUUUGAUCUCACCGAUCCAUUUGAUUUAGUUGGGAAAACAUUGGCUUUUCAAGGAAGAUUUAUGAACAAUGCAUUAGGUAGGACUUGCCAGUUGAGAGGUUUGAUAUUGUAUAAAAAAUAUCAAGAUGCAUCAAAUUCAAUAAAACAAUGGUUGAAUGAAGUUGAAGGAGAUGUUAUUUACAGUGAAGUUUUUGAUUUAAUCGAAAAAGAUAAAGAAAAAGUAUUUAAAGAAGAGGCAGCAGCAAAUGAGUUUGAACAAUUAAUGUCAGAAGUCAGUGUGUUGAAAGGAAAGACUUUGUGUAAAGGCAAUUUGAUUGAAACAUUAAAAAAUAAUAUUAAAUCUGCAGUUGAAAAGCAACAUGAUAUAGAUGUAAACGAACAGUUACAGAAAUAUACUGAAUGGGAAGAGAAGAGAAAUUUGAUAUUAGAUAAGCAAAUAGAACUAAUAAAUCAAAAAGCUAAAAAAUUAGAAAUACAAAAAUUAAAGGAAGAAAUGAAGAGACAAGAACGAUAUUUAACUUUCUUUGAUAAUGAAGAACAAAUAGAACUAGAGAUAGAGGAAAUAGAAACAAAGGAAAAGGAAGAAAUGGAUAGAGUCGCUAAAAUUCAUGGUGCUGAAAGAAAAUUGAAGAAAUUAGAAAGAGAGGCGGAAUAUACACCACCCAUGAUUUAAACAUAAAAUGAAUAAUUUUUGGCAUAUUUAUAAUUGUUGAAUAAAUGUGUCUAGAUAAAAUUUUAAUCAAUGAAUCAAAUUUUUACAAAAGUUAAAGGGUCUACAAUGAUGAGGAACAGUAAAAAUAUGUAUCAUAUUAUUUAUCUCUCAUAUUUUGUACAUAAUCACUUAAUAGUAUUUUCUUAAACGUUUAUAUAGGUUUAUAGCAGAUAUUUCUAAAGCCAUUUAUUUCUUAGAAAUAUGAAAGUUAACUGUACAAUUAAAGUUUAUGCUAAAAAAUUAUUAGGCUCUGUAACAAAUAACGUUCUGUUUGAGCGUUGAUAUUGAGUCCAUCAUGUCACAUCUUGGCCCAUUUGUAAGCAAGAUUAGCAUUACGUAUACAACUUUGGACCAAGGCACACAUUUAACAGUUAUUCUUGAACUUAGAAUAACUGUUAAAGACUGUUUUUCAGGCAGCAAUGUAACAAAUUUUGCAUAAUUAUAAAAUUUGGUCUUCGUAA